CGUCGGUCUAGCCACAUUAUUGAAGGGAACAUUGGCUUUGUUGACACAGAUAUGGCGAGACCACUGGACCUUGUGUUCCUGAUUUACUUUGCCAGCCACAUUCCAAUCACGAUCUUCGUCGACUCGCAGGCUCUGCUUCCCCAAUGGCUGUAUCCUCGCCAGUUACUUGACCUGAUGACCUGGUACUGCUCAGAGUUCAAGGACCCCAUGAUGGCGGCACCUCCCACGUGGUUCAAGACCUUCGUCAUGUCCGAGCUUACUCUUCAGUUUCCAUUUUUCUUUGUGGCCACGUAUGCUUUUUGGAAAGGUGUCCGGAAUUGCCAAUGGAUUCGUAUUCCUCUCAUCGUUUAUUCCUCACACGUUGCCACGACAACGGUUGCUAUAUGUUACCAUGUACUCAUGCACGACUUCAGUGGCGUACAGCCUCCUGGCCCGGAGACGUUCACAGAGCGCCGGACUCUGUUCCUUGUGUAUUUCCCCUACCUCCUGGUGCCGGUAAUGCUGUUGAUGGACUCGCUAUUCAGUUCGGUUUAUCAGAACAAAGUCAAAUCCAGUUAAUUGUUUGUACAUUUUGUAUUAAAAUCAUUUUGUAUUUUUC